UUUUCUUGUUAUGCACUGCGCUUGAUUUCAUCAGAUUUCCUUUUUCAUCGCCGAAAGUUGCCCGUUAGAUGGGAAAGUCAGCAGGUCAUUCGACAGCAGUUUUGAGAGCCUCUCAAAAUGUCUGACGUUGCCCUGACAGUCAUUCUUACCUUACUCAUCAUUGCGAACAUCAUUGGUAACUGUCUGGUUUGUUUUGUCAUAAAGACAAACCAAGAUAUGAGAACUCCCAUCAAUUAUCUGCUUGUAAACUUGGCCAUAUCAGACAUCACUUUCGCAGCAUUUGUAGCACCUAACCAUGUUUUGAAAAAACUCUUCACCCAUCCAGAUGGAGCACUUGGUUCAAAUAUUUGCAAAUUUCUAACGAGUGGAAACAUGGCCUGGGUGGGUGCGGCUUCGUCUUCUGUGACGCUUGUUGUAAUAGCAAUUGAACGCUACUACACUGUAAUGUGUCCUAUUGGUAGUAGACGAAAACUCAACAAGCGUGUAGUGAAGAUCAUCAUUUGUGGAUGUUGGAUCUUUGCACUGGCUUUGAAUUCGCCAAUGAUCUCAGUGACGACAUUCGAUGACGAAAGUGGUGACUGCAAGUGGGAUUGGCCUGAACAGUGGAUGGGUGUGGCAAAUGAGACCACGUGGCUUGUACUGUUAGCCUGUAUUCCUUUAACAAUAAUGACAGGUUUAUACUCAAGCGUUGUUCAUAGUUUGUGGUUUAAACGAAAUGAUGAUCAGGAACUCGCCUAUCGUCAGAAGGGUGUCCUAAGGGUUAGGAAACGAGUCACUUUGAGUGUAAUCACCGUCAGUGCUAUAUUUGGGAUCUGUUGGAUUACUGGCCUUCUUAUCUACGUCCUAAGCUACUACGACGUCCAUAUGUUUGGGGAAGCUUCAUACGCCAUUUCAGACACCUUGUUCAUGUUUAAUUCAGCUGUAAAUCCUCUUGUUUAUUCUCUUCUAAAUGACCGUUUCAAGAGGAAGAUCAAGGCUAUGUUUUGCAGCAGAUGCACAUCCAGGGUUCAUACCUCGAGUGAAAGUGCAAGCAUAGAGUUACCUAAAAACCCUUCUCGUAACAACAACACUGCAGCUGGAUAUAUCGACUAAAAUUCAAUUUUUCAAUAAUAAGGUUGAGGCUCACGAAGAGUUUUUCGACCCCUACAUAAAAAUAAAUGUUGUAAGGCGCAUGCGUGGUUUAUCAUAAACAGAAAUUGCUGAGUUUACCACAAAAAAUAUUCGCCAGCUCCACCGUGUUUGUGUGGUAGAUUUAUACUUAUUCAGAUAAUUAUGUACGUGAAAGAGAUAAUAAGGAGUGCCAUUAAUUCCUAUUGGUACUUAACAAGUUUGUGAAAAUAAAUGAUAUUUUUAAAAGACCUAUUUGGACAAUAGCUAUUGCCAUCUUCGGUUAAAAUACUUGCAAAGUACAAAGUUGAUUUUAAAGUUUGUACACAAUCUCAUGGGACAAAACAACAAAGUGUUUUCUAUUGUUAUUGUCAAAUUGUCUCUAUUGUUGUUUUGUUCCAUGAGUACUGUGUACACUUUGAAUUCAACUUUGUAUUUUGUAUAUAUUUUAACUGAAGAUGACGGUAGUUACUGUCGAAACAUUUCCGAAACAUUUUAAAAGUUUUAAAAAUAUCAUUUAUUUCCUCAAAUUCGUUACAUAUCUGCUCCUACCUGGACUUACUUGAUAAGUAUAUCAAAGUUCACUGCCCGUACGCAUGUGCAUGUUUGGCCUCUCAGACAAAAGUAUUGUGUCGAUUAUGCUUGAUAGUUUAUAGUUAUUGGAUGAUAGAAUUUCAAGGCAUAAAUUUAAAUAUAUGUCUUGAUGCAUAAAUAUUUCAUUGCAAUCUAGGCUGCACAGUGGAAAAUUCUUGUAAGCAAAGAGUUCUUUCCAGAGGGGCUCGUGACAAUGUGUUGACUAUGUAUAAAUAUUUAACUAAUGUGAAGAUAUGAUGCAUGAAACUCAGUCAUCUCUUAAUUUUCGCAAGACGAUUAAAAUUAGUAUCCAACCUUGCGAACUUCAUCUAUGUUAAUUAUUGUGAGAAGUAAAGUCAGUAGGGUUCUCGUGGAGUAUUCGAUUUUCGAGAUAAUUACAAUCCGUGAAACUGCUUUUUCAUUUUCCAUCUAUUUUAUAAAAGAAAUACUUCUAAGGCGCAUGUUUGAGAAUUAUCGUAACAGACGAAUGCUAGAAUUACUAUUUAAAGUGCCACUGAAACGAAAUUUUCGUAUGUGAGAUUUUUGCAUGAUAAUAAAGUUUGAACCUUACUAACAA